AUGCUCUACGACAACAGGAAGCGUCCAGCUGAACAGAUGGACAAGGAAGAAGCUACCAAGCACUUCUCGAAACCGAAAAUGCACCCGGAGAAGACCAUAGUGACUGUGUGGUGGUGUGCUACAAGUGUAAUCCACUGCAGCUUCAUGACACCUGGUGAGACAGACCACCACCGUAGAGAAGUACUGCAAAGAACUGAAAGGGAUGCAGCGAAAACUCCAACUUCGGUUUUGAGGUUAGUGAACAGAAAGGGCUCGUUUCUCCUACACGACAAUGCCCCGCCGCAGAUUUCGAAGGUGACACUACUGAGGUUGAAUGAGUUAGAUUACGUGACUCUGCCUCACCCGCCGUAUUCGCCAGUCCUCUUGCCAACCGGUUAUUACCUUUUCAAGCAUCUGGGCAUCUGGCUAAGAGGAGAGAUCUUCCAAAACCAUGGUGAUAACGAAAACGACUUCCGAAAAGUUCCUGGAUCCCAAAAGCGCAGAAGCAAAGACGCGAGGACAGUAACGGUUCUUAUUUCGAUUGAAAAGUUCAUUUAG